AUGAAAUUCACUUCCAUCCUCACCCUGACUGCUGCCUUGUGCGCUGUCACUGCAGCUGCUCCAUCCAAAAAUGAUUCCUGCACAUUGAUGUCUCAACAGGCCAGCAAACGAGGCGCUUCAAUGAGCUAUGGAGCCGUGAAGGGUUGCUUUGAGAGCCACCCAUACCGUCCUGACGUUGCUGAAAGGUCUUUGAGAUCUGUGGAGAGAAUGCUUAGCAACUUUUAUGCAUUUGUGGAACAAGCCAAACAAGAUCCCGUCAAAGUUCCUGGUGGAAGCAUCUUCAAAUCCAAGCCCGUGGAUAUCCUCGGCGAGCUGGCCAGGAUCCGUAGAAAGAAGGAUUGGAAGAGCGACUAUGAGUUCCAGAACGCGAUUGCUUAUUUGCUUCUUUCGGUUAACGAUGGCCAUCUCUCCUACACGAACUACUGCUACAGGACUGCAGUUUUCCGGCAGCCUAUCUCGCUCUACGCACCUGUAGUCAAUGGCAAACAAUCUGUACGUGUCUUUCACGUCAAUACCGAAUUCUCGAGCAAAGGUCUUCCCAAAGAUCCAGCCUCCUUGACUGAAUGUGAAGUUCUCACUAUCAAUGGCAAGCCCGCUAUGCAAUAUGUUCAAGAGUUCACUGACCGCACUUCAGGUAUCUCCAAGGAUCCAGGUGUUCGUCUCAAUGACGCCUUCGCAAGCACAUCCUGGGUUGGUGACCGCUGGGCUAUCAGUCCCGGUGGAUUCGCAUACCGUUGGGAGCUUCCAGAGAAGUCAUCGGUGGAUUACACCCUCAAAUGUCCAAAGAACCAGACCUUGAAAUUGACUGUUCCUUGGGAUAUCCGUGCUUCAGACAUGUUUGAAAUUGAUUAUUCUAAGAAUCAAAAAGCCUAUUGGAGAUACCAAUGUGAUGCUAAUGGCUAUUAUGACAAUUACAACGACGGAAAGAACAGCAACAACAGAGCCAACAGCGCCAAGAGACUUACCUCUCCCCGUUUCAUUAAUGGGGGCGUGUCUAUCAAAGGAGGUGUCUCUGUUACUGUCGCUCCAGCUACGACCACCUUUCAGCGGCGUGGUGCCCUUCCAGCGGAGGAAGCUUCUAACACGUAUGAUGCUCCUCGCAACGGCAAAUCUGGUAGCAAGGGACCAUCAGUGAUUACUCAGGCAAAGCUGGUGGAUUACACUACCACGACUGCAUUCUAUAAGAUGAAUGGUAGCAAGUACUCGGAUGUCUGUGUCGCUGUCAUCUCAACCCAGAUGGCCGAGUUCUCUGACGAUGACAUCUCAGAUUACUCUGAGUUUGUUCAAGGCUUCCAUAAGCUUCAGAAUCAAGGAUGCAAGAAGUUGAUCUUGGAUAUGACCAACAACGGAGGUGGCUCAGUUGAUUUCUCCUACUUCAUCAACCAUGUGUUCUUCCCUAAGACAGAGCCUUAUUUCGUCCAGGACUUGAAGACGAAUGAUCUCGUUCGGGAAGCAGCCAAAAAGGCCAUCAAGAGAUCACGAAAUGCUCCUCCUUCUAUCUUUGAUGCCCGCUUCUAUGUUUCUGCUGCAACUGACAAGACCUACAAGGACACGUCCAUGUUUUUGAAGGAUGUAAAACAUAAGCGUGCUGGCUCCACGGUCACGUUCUCACAAAAGAACUAUUUUGAACACAAGUGGCCAUUCAUGAAGAAGAUCAAGCCUGUCCAGUUCAAGCCUGAAAACAUGGCCAUUAUCACUAACGGCUUCUGUGGAUCUGCUUGCUCCAUGGUUGCAACUCGCUUCUCGGUAAUGCAUGGCGUUAAGACCUAUGCCAUUGGAGGCAUCACAAACCGUCCCCUCUCUUACUUCACUUUCCCUGGCGGCUUUGUCAUGGACAGCGGAACACUCCUAAUGGACAUCAAGGAUUUGAAACUCAAGGGUGUCAAGAAUAUGCCCGUAUCCUCACCUGUGGUCGCAGAGACUAGCAUGGCCGUCGGAGAGAUCUACACUUUCGAAAACAGCACCAUCCCUCUUGAAUACGAUGCCCAAUAUUAUGCUGCCAAUAUUCACUUGGACCAGGAUCCUGUCUCUGCUAGGCACCCAGAUCAAGUCUGGGUUAAGAUUGCCACCCAAUUUAAAAAAUAA